GUUGAUUGCUUAAGGUAAGUUAAUCUUUAGCAAAGGGGGCAGUUUGCAAGCAUGGCCACCCUCCAAGCAUCCACCACCCCCCCAGAGGAGGCCGGCAAGGCAUACGCAUUGGAGUCUUUAUGCGGCGAAAUAUACUACAUUCCGUUGUCCAGGUCCGCAAUGCGUCUGCUUGUCACAGGCAAAGUCAGCGACGGCGCAAUCGCUCUUGUCAGCACCGGUGGUUCUGGCGGAGACCCCAUUGGCUUCCACUACCACCGUGAAGCACACGAUGUGUUCCUGUGUCUCAAGGGCCAUGUCAAUAUAUGGGCUAACGAUCAGGCACGCACAAUGGGACCUGGUGAUUUCGCCAGUGUUCCUCCGGGCGUCAUCCACCAAUACCAGAUCCUCGGCGACCGGUCAGAGUUUAUCGGACUCAUCGUCCCAGGCGGCUGGGAAGAGUUCUUCCGGUUUCUGGGCGAGCCGUACGCAGGCGCGAUGUGGCCAGACACGGACGACCGCAAUCCAUUGGAAGUCCUUCUCCCGCGGCUGAAGGAAGCCGCCGAGCGCUUUGAUAUGGUCCCUCAGCCGCACGUCCAGCCAUUCGCGCCGCAGCCCUGGACAGAUGGAAGGGAUAACGUGCUGCCGGGGGGUCUCCAGCCCUAUUUCCUGCGGGCUGGCACCGAGCCAGCCUACCGUCUCGGUGGGUCAGUGAUGCGCACCCUUGCGACGACGAAGGAAUCCGGUGGAAAGUUCGCCAUAGGGAGCCUCGAGGGAUCUUCGUUUCACAAAAAUGGGGUCCUAGCGGCUGGAUUGGUGUUUCCUUGCGUCCACCACGCGUUCCAUAUCAUCGAAGGGACGUUUGAGUUCCGAGUUGAUGGCGCGGUGGUGAAGCUCACAUCGGCUGAGACGCUGUAUGUGCCGCAGGGGAGCAGACUUGAGCUCCACUACCGGAGUCGGCAUGCGAAAUCAUAUGUCUUUGUGAGUGGAGGAGGGCUGGUGGAGUUGUUCAUUAGGGCAGGAGAUGACUACAAGUUGCCCAUCAUUCCGGAAGUGGAGGGAGCCGUUGACUUGCCACGGGUCCAGAGGAUUACCAAGGAGAUGGGGAUCUUACUUGGAUAAAGAGGUGAAUAGAGGACCAGAACUGCC